UUGAGAGGAGAAGGGCGAUGAGAGGAUUAAGAGAGAGGGGCGCAGUCUGAGAAAGGGAGUGUUCGUCCACCAUCCACGCCCAGUUCUCUCCGCCCCAAGGCGGCUGCCCGGAGAAUGCUGUCGGACCUGUGCGUCCGGUUCCCCGGUAAUAAACGGUCGCCUGGGGGAUCGGGGACAGAUCAGCAAUUCCACUCCACUCUCGGCGCAUGGGAUCGCUCAGCUCCCGCGCCAAGCGCACCUGACCCAGCGAGGAGACGGCCACCGCUCCCAGAGACCGGGGAUGACAGAACCCGCAAUCCCCUCUGCCUCCGUCUGCACCUUCCUCCUGCUCGCAUGGCUGCUGACAGGUCACUCGGGGGCUGUGAAGAUUACAUCAGCGGGUCCUCAGACUGUUCACGUGGCAGAAGGCGACGAUAUCCAGAUCCAAUGUGUGUUCAAGCUGGAGCCCAGUGAUGAAGGAGAACUGGACAUUGAAUGGAGCAUCAUCAACCCCGACACCACCAAACCGGAUCCUGUCAUCCUGACGUACGUCCACAGCCAAAUCUUCGAGUACCCAUCGGUCUUCAGCGGCAGGUUCAGCUUUACAGAGCAGAACCCAAGCCAGGGCAACGCCAGUGUCCGCGUUCGCUCCCUGCAUCUCAGAGAUACUAAUUCCUUCCAGUGUAAGGUGAAGAAGGCACCUGGCAUCGAUACCAGGAAGGUGACAGUGAAAGUUCACGUACAGCCGCAGGCCCCGAGGUGCUGGGCUGAUCGCUCAGGGGAGGAAGUGAGGCUCCAGUGCCACUCUGAGGCUGGAUCGCCACCACUCACCUACAGCUGGGAGAAAGUCAGCGGGACCCGCCAGGGACUGCCUCAGAAUUCUGUCACAGACAGUGGCUCAGGAACAUUGUUGAUCAGGAACGGCACAGACCCAUCGUUGUUCGGGACCUACCGAUGUCUGGUCCGUAACCUGGUUGGCAUGGAGGACUGUCAGCUCACCUUAGCUGCCCCCGCAGAGAGACGUGAGGCAGGGGUGAUAGUUGCAGCUGUUCUUGCUGCAAUCCUUGCUCUCCUCCUCCUCCUCCUCCUCGUCCUGUGCUGCUGUUGCCGAAAACGUCACCAGAAGGAGCGACCUCAUGACAUCAGGGAAGAUGCUACACCGCCUCUCAGCUCUGCUCCAAGUGUUCGCUCUGUUAAAAGUUACAAGGCCCAUCAGACACGCAAAUCAGAGAGGAUGGAGGGCUUCAGGACGUUUGUCACGAUGCUGCGGCAGGCUGUCACCUCCACCCUGAAAGGAUGCCAGGGUCCAGAGUGUGAAGGAGGAGGUGGAGGAACCGUGCCAAGGAGCAGCGUAUACCCAUAUACAAAUUUACUGAAGGGACAAAUAUUAUUCAUCAUUUUAAUAUUCUUUUCAAAGCUGGCUGCGACUGCAGACGAGGAGGUCAUCGGGCUGCUGGGACAAAGCAUCACGCUGCCUUGCCACAUGGAGGGUGGAGAAAGCGAGGGACUCAAGGUGUAUUGGCAGAACCGGCAAACCCAGCAGGCCGACGGCCAGGACCUCAUGGUCUGGAUUUACAAGGACGGCAGAGUCCAGAUGCAAAAGGUCCACCAGUACUUCUAUGGCCGUGCCCAUGUCCCUGUGCCAGGGAUAGCCUCCGGGAACCUGUCACUGAGCCUUCAGCAACUGCAAGCCAAUGACAGCGGGUACUAUCAAUGUGUCAUUAUACGGAGAGGCCAGACCACGGAUACACAGCUCUAUAAACUCACAGUGAGGGCCCCCGGUAAUGAAACGAAUCUCCAGCCGGAAUUUGUCAGUCCCACUAUGAAUAGCACAGAUGUGGAAACCAGUGGCAGAAACCAUUAUUUAAUCUUCAUAGUUCUGACUUCCAUUGCUGUCAUUGUCAUAUUUUGCUGUUGGAGAUCGAAGAAUUACAAUUGGUGUGGACAACUCGAGGGGAAUUCAGAGUUUCCUAGACAACAGUGGUGACUAAAUAUUGUGAGCGCUGAAAUCUUUGUGACCGCCUCUGUGCUGUUUGAUGUGGUUUGCCUGUGCAAUCUAUUUUCAUGAUAAUAAAUCAGGCUGAAGUUGC